UUAUGAAUUGGCUAUCUAUGUCAGCUGUAAGACGACUUUGAUGUCCAAGUGAGGUCUAAGUCAUGUACCUGAAAGCUCUUGGGUACGAUUUUUAUCAAGACUCCAAACGCAUCGCGGGCCUUACGCGUUUCGGUCUCCAUGGCGACCGGGUAAAAGACGGACCGUUGUGGACACGACGAAAGUUCGUCUCCAGUCGUGACUCCGCACUAAAGUACAUUCAGCAAACAGCCAUGUCCAGCGGCAGUAGGCCAAAGCCUGGGUGCUUUGGGAGCGACAUCCGCAGACUGCUGCUGGCGGCUGAAGCUGGUCAGAAGGCCGAUAUCCUGACCUACUCCUCGGGUCAUCUGGGGCCCCGCGGCCUGAACCACAGAGCGCAGCACGUGGACUCAAAGCAGUCUUUCUGGAGGACGUCUCGGGGCCCAGAAGAAACCCCAAACCCUCUGACAGUCCGGCAGAGACGAACAAAGACCCUGACCCGUGAGUCUCCCUCUGCGCUCACCGCCAGCACCGCUUUGGUAGAGGCCGAGGUCUCGGACCCAGGACGAGACCAGGCUGCUGAUCACUCAUCACAUGCAGACGGAAGAGGAGGUGUCCGUCUGCCCGAGGUGGUUCGUCGUUCCUCAAACUCUGUGCCGUCCCAGCAGAGAGCUAUUUCAAAGAAGAAGCCCAACUCUUCAUUUGUUCCGGAGGGGAAACAGCAAUUGUGCUCGAGCCAUUCUGACCAGGAAGGACAGAAUAAUGAAGACCAGCUAAAGACUAAACAAUGGUUUGACAGGGAAUUCAUAGCCAAGCCGGGCCUGUGGGCUGGAAGAAAUAUUGCAGAGAUGCAUGAGAGGAAACUACAAAAGGAGCUGAGGAAGCUGUCAGCGCAGAGCUGGCCCAGCAGAGACCGCCUUGCGGUGUUCAGUGACGUCUUUGAUGAUGUAUGUGAAAGCUCGCCAGUAUUUGGACGCAUCCUGAGGGAAAUUAAGACAGAUUACGAUUUGUAUGUCAAUCACAUGAUGGCUUCCCAGUCACCACCACAUGACAUGGCGCCGAAUACUUCACUUGAAGAUCUUGGCAAUGGCAAAGUAACGGAAAUGGAGUUGGUAGAUGCUGAAAGGGAGGUUCGCAGGCUGGAGCAGGAGGCCAGAAGAGCUCUGCAGGAGAAUAGACGAGUCCGAAAUGACUCACAGAAUGUUCCAGCUAUCGCGGGCCCAGAGGACAGUGACAUGAAGAGACUGCGUGACACUGGGACAUCUACCAGCUACACCAACAGUGUCCAAUUCAAGAGGCUCCAGGUGUUGAACAUGUGGAGGGAGAUCCAACAGCUGGAGGAGGAGAUUAACGAAAAGCUGGUGUGCACUGUGACAACCACUGCCACUGAAAAACACAUCAAAGUCCUAAAGACAGAAGCGUUGAGACUGAUAGCCUCAAGUGACCGUCUGAAGACCACCAACAAGGAUCUGGAAAACAAAAUCAACAUAGUGCUGAAUAGAGAGAAAUCAAGCAAGACCAUGAGACGGACAUUGUGGGACGAAAUACAGUGCGAUCUGAAGACUGAGAGUGAAUAACUUCAUCAACAAGUCAAACAGAGAAUCGUUUCUUGGGAUGAAUAUUUCAAUGUCAGCUGGAUAAAGUCCAUAGGUAGAAUACAAUUAUUUAAAUCAAGUUUUUAACCUUUGUACUUAUUUCUUAUCUUUGACAAGUAGCAAAUUAAAUAUGAGAUUACCGUGUGGCCCGUCAUAAGCCUUUCAGUUUAGUACUACAAUAAAAGUGUAGAUCAUAGCUUAAAACUGCCACUAACAGCAAGCGAGCAAUUAUAACACAAUGAGAAAACAAUUAUAAGAGUCCAGUUAAGAGUCCAUUACAAGUCCACAAAUGGUACUGAUGCUGCUGAUCUUAAUUGUGUUUUGUUGUUGCAGUAGGUUGAUGUGAAGAUAGUAUUUGCAACUUGAUAUACUGUUGGAUAGUUUGAUCUAUAAUUGUACAGUUUACUCUAAAAGAUAAUCAUGUCUUUAAUAUGUAAAACCUUCAUUUACAUAUUAUCCAGUUGUCACAUUUCAUCCUAUUUUUUAUCUUGUGAACUACAGUUUGUUUAAUUUGAUUUAUCCAUAACAAUAUCACACUUGUUGCUUAAGCUUAAAGAAUGUCAUAUAAAUAAAAUGUAUUAUUGUUGUUAUGUAGUACCGAAGCUGUCAAACGUGAGAAGUGCAGUAAAAGAAAGUUAGAGAAUCAUUAAAUGAAAAUAUUCGAAAAAGAA